AUUUGAAGGCAUUAAAAUGGACUCAUUCCGUGCAGAAACUCUCGUUAAUCCUCAUUGGAUCUAAAGUUUACCUACGUUUUUUGGAACAGCAUAUAGGAAAACAUUCAUAAAUUGAUUCCUCCAGGAUGCGAUUUCUUCUCAUUACCCUCUUCCCUUCACUCUAUAUAGCAAUCACAUCAGCACAAUGGGGAUGGAUACACUCGCCUCCUCCACGUCCCUUCUUUCCAGUACCAUUCUUGCCUAGACCUGGUUUUGGACCCUUAGGACCAGGUUUCCUUGGUCCCACACGAACGAGGAGGAGGCGGGGAGGAGGCGGUCGAGGUGGCGGUGGCGGAAAAGGACGACGAGGUGAUGGUGAAGGAGGUGGUGGAGGACGUGGAGGAGGCGGUGGACGAGGUGGAGGUGGCUAAGAGAUAGUGCAAGAGCAAGAGCUCUAAAGUGUUUACGUAAAUACUUUUUCUUUUUGAUUAUGAUCGUUCAAUCAAGAUACACGCCAACUUAGUUCGUGAUACCAAUCCUCAUUUCUGCUGAUACAGCUACACUUGUUGCUAUUUGAACUCUACAUACAACCACUCAU